CCACGGGAGAGGUGAUUUCUUCCUUUUUUUCCCUUCUUUUUUAACCCAUCCUCAUUGAGUGGGUCCUGGGUUUAGAGUGGGCAGUGGAUGCGGUUAUUAUGCCCACACUUCUCAGACGAUCCGUGCCGAGCUGUCACGCCUCGCUGCUGCAUGGUCCUUCCCGGUGCCACGGUGUGCUGUAGCCGAGUUUGAGCCGCUCGGCGUCUCGGACUCCGCCGUCCCCGGUGUUCAGUCUUCUUAUGCUCACUGAGCCAAACCUUCCAGCUGCUCACUGGCUUAUUUGAUCAAAAGCCGUCAGUCCUGCUGCCUGGGAGACACUUACAAGCAGACAACAGACCGGUUAAAGUGCCAUUGAAACUAUCCACAUCGGACUCCCUCUAUUUCUUUCUUUUUCUGUUCACCGGGAGAACGGAGGAGCCGCAGCACCGGGAACCAUGAGCGGACGCGGGGACGAGGCAGGGGAGAGCUCUGGCUCUCAGGAGCCCACGGGGCCCGCGGAGCCCCAAAAGAGGAGGCCGGGGAGACCGAGGAAACCGCAAAAAGAGCCCAGUGGAGAGCCUGUCCCCAAGCGACCGAGGGGCCGCCCCAAAGGAAGUAAGAACAAGGGCCCCUCCAAGGCAGCGCAGAAGAAAGCUGAGGCAACCGGGGAGAAAAGACCCAGGGGGCGACCCAGGAAAUGGCCGCAGCAAGUCGUCCAGAAAAAGCUUGCUCAGGAAGAGGAGGAAGAAGAAGAGGCUGGAGAGUCCCCAGAGGAGGACUAAGCUACCACACCAUGAAAUCGCUACCUCAUUCAGCUGUCAGGUCUUUCAAAGGGAAAAGACUGCCUUGACCACUUAUUUUUUACUUUUUCCACAUGCUAUGUUACUUGGUUUAAUUUCAGUUAGACAAUUUCCAUCUUUUCUCUGUCACUGAACAGGCAGAUGUUCAGUAUUAUGUCCUUGUCUUUAAAUUCUGUUGAUACGUUUUUCCAUAGACCAUACAGAAUGCAGCAAAAAUAAUACUUUAGUUUGCUGCUAGCUCUUAUUGGCUGAACAGAUACAAACAAGCAAACAGUUCAGCUCUAGACAUUCUGGCUGUCAAAACAAACACAUCAGACAUGUCAUCAGCCCUGUACAACACAAUUACACUCCUCAAUGAGAAUCAA